AUGGAGUUCAACCUCAACUCGACCGUCGCGGCGCACGCCACAACCACCUACUCCGAGCUCUUUGCCCUUGCAGGCCAGAACCCUAAACUAUCUUUCCUCGAGAAGGCCUGGUGGUCACACUACGCUUACUGGGACAACGAUAUAAUCGCUACCGGUCUCAUCACCUUCUUCGCCCAUGAAAUCCUCUACUUCAGCCGUUGCAUACCAUGGAUCAUUGCGGACGCCCUACCGAAUCUUUUCCACAGAUACAAGAUCCAAGACAAAAAGGCCCCUCCGUCACUCAAGGAGCAAUGGAGUUGCGUCAAAUACAUCCUCGCCAUCCACUUCAUCGUCGAGCUGCCCAUGAUCGUGCUAUUCCACCCAAUGAUGGAAUUCUUCGGUCUGAAGUACGCUCUCCCGUUCCCUGAUCUCAAAACCCUCGCCAUCCAGAUCGCCAUCUUCUUCUUCGUCGAAGACACAUACCACUACUGGCUCCAUCGCGCCUUCCACUGGGGACCGCUCUACCGCGCCAUCCACCGCGUCCACCACCAGUACGCCGCGCCGUUUGGUCUCACAGCUGAGUAUGCCAGCCCAUGGGAGACCAUGCUGCUCGGUCUCGGAACCAUCGGACCCCCUCUCGUCCUGGGAUCCUUCACCGGCGAAGUCCACCUCAUGACCGUCCUGGCGUGGGUCGCACUGCGGCAAUUCCAAGCGAUCGACGCGCAUUCGGGAUACGAUUUCCCCUGGAGUCUGCGUCGGAUUUUCCCGCUGUGGGGAGGAUCGGACUGGCACGAUGAUCACCACCGCUACUUUCGGGGAAACUACUCCUCUUCUUUCAAGCACUGGGAUGUCCUCAUGGGAACUGUCGCUGGUCCGCGCGGAAAGCAGAUGCGCAAGGAAGAGUGA